CUGAAUACGAUGAUGAAAGAAUACUAGUAGGUAUGCUCGUGGUAUAUAUGGGCCUGUGGCCGUGAUGAAUGGUCGGUCUAUAUUAUUCACUCCCAGCAACACUCCCAGCAAAACUCCCAGCCAAAAGCAAUCACGAACGACAAACCUGAGAUAACCUAUACCCACAAGCACACACCCGAGAUGGAAUUCGCACAUGACAUACCUCAAUCUAAUAGUACCUUGUCCACCUCGUCCCAACCUACCGAGCUACAAGUCGACUUCUCCUGGAGAAAGUAUCAAGCCAUCGUCACCGAGAAAUCGAAGCCGGCUGAGCCCCUCUACAAUAUCCACUGCCGGGCGAUCAGAUGGCCGCAUCUCACCUUCAAAUCCGCAACAACCGACGAGAUUGUCGGUACCGGCACGCUGAACUGCGUGUCCAUCAAUGCGAAAUAUGAGGUUCACGGACAGAAGGGCACACUGAAAGCACUCAAGAGGUUCCACACAAAGUACACGUAUUUGUCACAUGCUUCUUCGGACGACGACAAGCCUGUCCCCAUGACUUGGACGAGCAGCUGUGGUCUGAAGAAGUGGGAUUUUGUUUGCGUGGAUCAGCACCAGAACCCCGUGGCCAAGUUGUCGGUCAACAUCUGGGCGAUCCGUAAGUUGGGCGGAUUCGAAUUUAUGGGCCCGAAAGCGGACUCUAGGGAGCUGAGAGAGGAGAUUAUCGUGACCGGGUUGACGUUGUUCUAUCUCAUGUUUUUGCGCGCCAACAAUAUCUUGUCUUUGGUCGGGGCAGUGUUCGCAAGGCCUGGUCCGCUCGAGGCGCCCGAGGGUGAGAAAUCGCCCGAGCUGAAAACACAGUAGGAGGCAGUUUGAUGAUGGCGGCGUCGAGGGGUCAGGAUUAAGGGAUGUUUUAUGAUUGUAUGGUCAAAGGGAUUUGAGGCGCUUGACGAUGAGAUGGAGUUGUUGAUAGAAGCGAACGGCGCAAUGAAAGUAUUCGCU